AUGGACCCCAAAGGCCCGGGCGCCACUUUCAAACGGUCAUCCCUCAAACGCAGCACAUCUGGCUCGCAGAAGGUAAGACGAAGGCAUUUGUGUCACAUGCAACAGGUGAUUGAGAUGAAUCUGGAUUUGAGUGUUUUCAUUUGUCCUAAAUUAGUGACAGAAAAUCUUCACUCUCGAAUCGUGUUUGAGGUAGUCAUGAAAAAGUAUGUUUUUUUGGGGUUCAGUGAGCUUUUUUGUAAUAGAAUUGAAACAAGAACAUUUCAGCUGCUUUCUCAAAAACUCAAAAAUGACUGUUGUGAGGUUGACUCUGUCACAUGGAACUAUUACUGUGAGCUGGUCAGAGUCCACACCAGCUCCUAACCAAUCACUUUAGAGCCUCUUUGUCCAGCCUAACAUGCACCAUUCAUGGCUGCUGGCUGUAUACUGGUGGAGCACAUGGCCUGGACUCAUAGCUCAUACUUAAACUUACCGUUAAGUGAUGUCUGAAGCAGUUUAAUCCUCUGUAAUGGCCCAGUAUGGAUGACCACAGCCAUGACAGAUUAUGGACUUUUAUAUGUUUCCAAAGUCUGCUUUCAUGUGAUUAACACUCUUGAUAACAUGUCCUUGAAAGCUUGAAGAUGUCCUUUUUAUACACGUGCAUGCCACUGCUCCCAAUCCAACAGGCAGUGUGUGUGUAUGUGUGUGUGUGUGUGUGUGCUGGGAUUAAAGCAAAAACCAUAUGACUGCUAUGAUUGUGAGUUCAGGUGAAUGUUGAAAACAGUUUAAAAAUUGAGGAGAGAAAGAGUGUUGUGAAAGCGUUUUAUGAUAAAUGAUAAACACAUUAAACAUUUUCAAUAAAAUGAGUGAUAUGAUGGGAACAUAGAGGGCGACCUAAUGUAUAUUGAUUUUUGUGGAUUAUAUAUCCACUUCUAAAAUCAAAAUGUUCCAGUCAGGGUACAUUUUUAACAGAUUGACAACAUUUCUAUAAUGUUGCUUAAUCCCGCAGGCCGACUCCUGGUGUAGACCUAUGAACCAACAGUAUAUCUGACACUAACGCCAUUAACAGACUCCAGAGUGAUGGGUUUCUAUAAAUUACAGCGGGUAUUAUUUAGCGAGAUUAAUAUUCUUGGAAUAAUCCACGGCCCUUUUUUAUAUGAGCUUUUACUCGCUGAAGCAAUCAGCGAUGCUCGUGGCUCUCAGCUGAACACCGCCACACUUUUAAUGAGAUCAGAUAUGUUGCUAAAUAUAAACUCAUUGGCCGCACAGAGCAGAUUGCUGAGAGAUAACACUGCGCUUGUUUUCAUUUACCGAUCAUGCAUUUUUACCACGUUAUCAGCGUAAAUCAGGGAUUUAUCUGAGCUAUUCUUAAUGAUGUACAGUGGUUUAUAAAGGGUUCUUUUUUUUUUUUGUAAACCACAAAGCAGCAUUUCUUGUCUGUUUGGAUGAAUUGGGGUAAAGGACCUUAAGCAAGAUCCUCUAACAGAGAGCACAUUCAGUUUAAAUAUUUUCACAUGGUAUUAACUUGUUGCCUUAAAUCAAUUAAGAGAAGAAUUCCUGUACAUCUGUGCCAGUCGACACAGAUGUACACAGAUUAUAGAUUACACUAUUCAUCAGUAAACAAGCUGCCUUCGCUGACCUUUUACCUCUUUUUCUGAGAAUUAGUAUCUCCCUGCUGUAGGGAAGAAAUCGCUUGAAUACACCUCUAAGCCAUUGAGAAAUAAUCAGAGUAUUUUAUGUUUCUAUCUUUAAAAAAAAUCUUAGUCAUCUGAAAUCUAAAAAUGUACACAAGUUAUUUAUUGAACAAAUAUAUACUCCACCAGUUUGUGUCAGGGGUUUUAAAGAUCCUAUGACUGUGUGAUCAUCAGGCUCAGGUCAGGUGAGAGUCAAGACUUCUCAAAAGCCUUCAAGGCCCAGGUCAGGAUGGAGCUCUUCUGUCUCAGAGGGGUCAGCAGCAGGCUUCUUCUGCUGAAGGCGAUCAAAGUUAAAGGGAGAAGAUGUCAACAAAAGGAAAAUUGUUCCUCUUUACUCAAAUUAAAAUGUAUUUUGGUUUAUUCGCCUCAUUUAUAGACAGAUUUAGAUUAAACUUUUCUCCUUAAAGAUGAUAUUAAAAGCAAACUAAUAUAUCCAACACUGUUUAUAUUGUUAGAGAGCAACUCUAUAUUUCUUCUGCAGAUCAGAACUGUUUACUAACAUAAUAUACAGUAUAAUGUAGAUAUAAUAUGUCAAAUCCCUGUCAAAACAUGCUAUAUAUUUUUGUGAGAUCUACAUUCAUUAAAAUGUGAGAAUUGCUUCUUCUCCACAACACAAAAAAACAGUUUAAAAACUGUAUUUUGGUGUUCGCAGGAGCUUUUAAAAUCAUUCUUCUUCUUUGCACUUUAUUCCCUUUUUCAGCUAGACUUUUUUUGGGGUCAAAAACACAGAAAAACUGCAGUCAAAACCCGUCUUGUGACCGCCUCAACUGUUGGGGAUAAUCAGCGACAUGUUGGACUCGUGAUGGCUAAAUGGAUUUUCAAACCCAGGAGCACAAUGAGAGCAUUUACAAACAGGGCUGAAGGAAAACAGUUAGCUUCACAGUUAAUGCAAAAAUCGCCUUUCCAGGGCCUGCGACUCAAAGUGUGUCGCUUUGUCCGAAAUAUCUUUUUCCCUCCAGUGGAAAUGUGUAAAAGGUUGCUUUUUAUUCAGUCCACGUGGGAUCGAACAUGAGUCUGACUUUUUUUCUUUUUUAGACAGUAAAGGAAUCUACAUGGGUUUCCUUCCUGUCACAUUGCAUGAGGCUCUAACGGCACAGCCAUUCAGUGCUAAAGCUGAGCAAUUAGUAGCUUUUAUUUUCAAGGCUGGUGACAACACAGUCCAUCACAUUCCAUUAGGACCCCCAAAUCCUUUCUGAUCCAUCUCACUUGUGCUGAUGGUGCUUUUGUUGUGUGAAUCCACUUGCUGGUUCAAUAUUUAGAAUAAGAGAGGUUCUUCGUAAUGAGAUUCUUUCUACAGAUAACCUCCAUAAACCAUCCGACAGUGUUCAUUUACACUCAGAAAUACAGAAACAUGGACAAUUUGACUUUCUCCUCAUGUGUGUUCUGGCUUUGUUUGAUUGUAGCAGCACUGUGAAAUCUGCUGUGAUCUCUAUCUAAGGGAGCUGGAGGUCAGGAGACCAGGCCCAUGUGAUGCCAGUGCAGAAAAGAAAGAAUGUGUUGCAUAUAGUUUAAGUGAGAUAGCAAAAUAUUAGAGCUUGAUCUAGCUGAAAAUGUGCUAAAAUCUUUAUACAUCCUACAUAAAGAGGAUUUAUUUACACUGUCUGUGUCCUGUUCAGAGUGACUGAAGUGUUAUUUCCACCAAACACAACUGUCUUUUGUUUGAAUCGAAUCAAAUUCUGCACUUUGGAAAGAAUGUUGUUUUUUGUACUGAGGCUUGUCUUAAAUCUCAUUAAUUUGCCCAGUGUGACCCAAUCUGAUCCUGCACUGUUUAAUUCUUCAAGGUUUUUUUUUUUUUUUUUUUUUUUUUCUGUUGUUAAAGUGCUGAAAUACGGCGCUUAACGAGGCAGCUGGUUGCUGACUGGAUUUUGCUUUUAAUUGCUCUGGUUAAUGAGUUUAAGUACGCUGAAAUAACUGCGUCAUAACUCACCAAACCCCUUCUGGAAAUGCACUUUGUUUGCCUCAGCUAUAAUUAACAGCAGCCCACGUGCGUUUUUUUUUUUUCUAAAGGGCUAAAAAGGAGGGAAGCUGGAAAUGGGGAGGGGGUGUUUGGCCUCUCUUUCUUCUUUCUUUCUUUCUUUCUUUCUUUCUCUCUGUCUCUCUGAGUCAUCAACCAUCAACCUCAUUUGUCUUUUUCUGCGAGUUACAGUCAGGCUCAAACUGCUCACUUCAUCCAUAAAAGGACAGCUUCUCGAGCCUUUUCUCAUGAGGAAGGUUUCCAAUGAGCGUCUACAUCUCUCUGCUUGUUAACACCAUCUCAGCUUUAAGCUCAGGCAUAAAAUCCUUCAUUGAAACAGUUUAUCACUUUGGUUUAAGCAAAACUACCUCAAACAUGUAUGGUAAAAAUGAGUCACUCUUAACUUUACAACAUUUAAACAUCAUGAUUUUCUUUUUAAUCUAUAGAGUGAAUUGAUGGAAAUGCUGAUUUUUCAAUCCUCUUUCAGGAUGUUCACUGUAGAAAAUCACAAUUGUCUUAAAAUGUAAAUCCUCUGAACAUGACUCAAACUCAAACGCAGGACUCGAGCUCCUGAAAAGCUGGUCUGCUGAGUUUUCUUUUCUCCACAAAAACAUGGUGGGUGGAAAUAAAGAUUAACUGCAAUUAGCAUUGACUGACCUUGCCCCAUACUGGAGACCAGUCAUGUCUUAACAAGGCACCUUCCAGGAGAAUGCCUGCAUCCAAUUCUCUCAAUUAUGCAAAUAGAGUUGAAAUCAAAGUAGUUUGGAGGGGAGGGGGGGUUCAAAUGAAAAGUUGGGGAGCCUCUGAUGGACUCUGCAGUGCUUUUAGUUCAGCGGCUCUGCUCAGGCUUCUCACACGAGCUAAGAUCUUCCACACUGUGAAGUGAACACAAAAGAGUUUUCAACAAAUUGGGAGAUUAGGGGCCGCUUAUCAAAGUAGAUUUAUUGUGCCUUGUUCAAGCGAAGGAUGAAAAUACCCAGUGGGCAUGGAGAGGGAGUCAUGGGACUCCCAAAAGGAUUACCUUGAACUGGAGUCAUGAGACUUGGGCGAACAAAGACCCUGCUCACAUGCUUAUCAUAUUAACGGGCCCUCAUAAAGUGAAGAAGUUUCAUGUCCUGUGGGAUUCAAUGAGAGCACUCGAGCGGGAGAGCAGCACCAGAGGAGAGGUCUAAUAGAGAAGCAGCAGGCUGGAGACGUCCCCUCCGCUUUCUAGGUUUAAACUGCGACAGCAUUUCAGACAGGACUCUGCAGCCCGGACAGAAGAUUGUUUGUAAGUGUAUCUAUAUUCUGUGGUGGCAGCUCUUUCUUUCAUUUCCUGGUUUUAUCAUAUUAAUAUUUUGAUAUUACAGAGUGGGCUGGAUGCAGGACAAAUAUGUCAAAUUUAGAGUUUAAGGAUGUAAACAGGCAGGAGUGUGAGAGCUCAUCGUGCUGAAUGAUGUGUAAUUACAGCAAGUUGGAAAAGAGCUGAGAUGAGACACAUAAAAAUAAUAGGAGAAAUAACUUCUUAAUGAAAAAGAUGAUAGAAAUUAUGCCAAAAAUUUCCUCAAAGUGUUUGUAAUUUUGAUAAACUCAUCAUAAACUCACCCAUAUUUUCUUUACCUCUCACUCGACUUUGUUAUCACAUGGAAGGAAAUGCAAAUGCUACCUAACUUUAUUAUUUUAACAGAUGAUUAGUUAUUAAUUUUACCGUUCCAACCAAGUCAUGACGACAUUGAUGAUUUGGACAUCUCACGGAGUCUGGUGGAAAAUAUCAGGCCGUUGCUGUAGCGAAUGAUCAUUGGUUUUCAUUAAAUAUAAAAACAGUGAAGAGAUAAAAAUGUUGCAGCUCGACUGAUUAAAACCAAAAAAUCAAAAAAGUUUAAUUAAACAAGUGUUUAUGUUUCAAUUAUAAAGAAGUUAACGACUAAGAGACUGUUGCUUAAUAAAAUAAUCUAUCUGAUCAAAUGAAAUGAUUGCAUGGGCAUCAUUAAAAAUGUAGAAACAACAAAGUUAGUGUCAAGUUCCUCACAGAAUGAAUAGUAUUCACAUUAACUGAGUGUUUUUGGAGAACUUAAAAGAACCUAAAGAUGUUUUUUUGUAAUUAAUGUUUUUUCUUCUUUUUAUUCAGAACACAAAAUAAAGUCAAAGAUAGUUUGUGCAAAUGUUUUAGUCAUUCUGCUGACUAACUGAGGGGUAGAUAAAAAUAGCGAGAGAGAGAGAGAGAGAGAGAGAGAGAGAGAGAGAGAGAGAGAGAGAGAGAACCAAAACUUCCCUAUGUUUUGGACAUAACAGCCCAAAAAGAAACUAUGUUUGAAUUUAUUUCCGAUCUUUAACUCCUACUUGUAUAAUUCGAGAGUUAUGGAAUAAAUAAACCUACAUUUUUACGUAUUUAAAUGUGUAUUUUAUCUUUCAGUGCUGAGUCUUUUCUUCUUUUCUGUAAAGAUUUGCUUCCAAAGCUUCACUUUUAAUUGGGCCAUCGCUGUCAUGAGUGACCCACAGACAAAAGUUUGCUUUGAACUUAGGUCACUUUGGUUCAGCACUGAAAAAACAUCAGACACUAAUCAAAGCUGGACACAAUUAUGAAGCUUCAGUUGACAAUGUAAGGUGUCUAAUUCUCUUUCCUGGACAUGAACUCUCGAAUAACAAAACAUACAGUAGAUACUUUUACAGGACUAUGAGCAACGAUUUUGUCGCUCCAAUAGACAAAAUAAAACACAUUUUAUUUCCUGACUGUGAACUUUUUCUUCCCCGCUCACUGAGUUUCUUCGCUCUCUUUUAAAACAGACUAUUACUAAGAGCAGUCUGUUCGUGAAACCCACAUUUAGAUGAUCUUCCUGUGACUGUGUUUAUAUCACUAUGUAGGUUUCUAUUAUCAUUUUCUAUUUUUCUCUUACAGGCACAAAAAGCUUGGGUUGAGAGGAACUUUUUCAAAAGAGAAUGUAUUCACAUAUUCCCCAGCAAGGACCCCACCAGGUAACUAAUAUCCUUAAAUGAUCAUUUCAAUUGUGAUUAAGAGCAUUUUGUUCUCAAAUUGUCUUGGGUUGCUGUGUUUUUAUCUUGUAUGCUAAAAUUUAAAAACUAGAAAAUGAAUCCAAACUCAUUAUUUAAAAAAGUUCUGCCAAAUUUGGUCACUUGUUGAUAAAAGUUUCUAACUUUUUAGACUUGAGUCAGAAUAAUAGAGGAUUUUUCUGUGUGAAUAGUGACCAUACAGUCCCAACAACAGGCUGAGAGCAGCCAGGCAGCUCGGUACUUUGAUCACUGAGGCAUAGAUUUCCCAGAAAUGGGUGCAGUCAUGAAGAGUGUGGUGUGACAUAGCCUGUGUGAGCAGACUAAACAGCAGUCUUUGAUUUGCACCCCUCAUUUUGCCUGGCUCACACCCUCUUUAAUGCAGGAUAGUUUACUGCAUUCAGUUUUCCAAAGUUUAGAAGUCAGGGAUGAGGUUACGCAGCUGCACACAGCGCGGGACAGAUGUGCUCACUGAGGGUGAUUCUUGUCCUGUGAUUUAUGUAGAUGUGCAUGCGGUCAGCUGACGACGCAGCAUGUGGCCAUCCCUCCUGGUGCCAACUCAGUAGAGGAAACGCUGGUGCAGAUUGACACCCCAAAAGAUAAAUGGAGCGUGAUCAAGCACACCAGGACCUACCCAACAGAUGCCUUUGGCAUAACUGAGUUUCAGGGUGGAGGGUUCAUCAACAAAGCCAUGGUGAGUCUCCCGCUCUGAAAAAUGACUUCUGUGUUUACAGAGCUUGUUUUUUUUGUCACAUGUUACAGCAACACGGGGAAGUCAGUGAGUGUCAUGUGGCCUCAAAGAGCCUGUUUAUAACUCACCCACUGUUGAAAACAUGUAAAAGUUCAGGCCAGUAAAAUGCCGCCUCUUUUUCUUUUCUAGUAUAUCCGAGUUAGUUACGACACCAAGCCUGACAACCUCCUCCAUUUGAUGGUGAAGGACUGGCAGUUGGAGUUGCCCACUUUGCUCAUCUCUGUCCACGGAGGUCUCCAAAACUUUGACCUCCAGCCCAAGCUGAAGCAAGUGUUUGGCAAAGGUCUGAUCAAAGCUGCUGUCACCACUGGAGCUUGGAUCUUUACAGGCGGAGUCAACACAGGUAGGACACUCAGUUCAGUGGAAAAUCGUGUCAAAUUUUCACUCAAAACAAUUUUUGAUAUUAGAAGAUUACCUUUGAGUUGGUAUUACAUAAUACGAGUGUUGCAAUUUCCUGGAGGGAGAUUUAACUAACCCAUUGUCACAGGUUUAAGCUCUGUAAUUACAGCUUUUGUGGAAAAAUUCAUCACAAAUGACGGUCUGUGUGGCUGGGGACUGAGUUCCAUUAGGAAGACAGUGUUGUUACAUUUACCUUUCUCUAAACUCCUUAGGGGUGAUCCGACAUGUUGGAGAUGCCUUAAAAGACCAUUCCUCCAAGUCACGUGGGAAGGUGUGCGCAAUAGGAAUUGCUCCAUGGGGUAUUCUGGAAAACAAAGAGGAUCUCAUUGGAAAAGAUGUGAGAUUAACCACUGUGCUAAUUUCCAAAACAAAGACUCUUUGUUACAAAUACGUCCACUUACGUAUUUCAACCUUUGUUCUUCUAAAUUUCCAAGGUGACCAGACCCUACCAGACGAUGGCGAACCCUCUGAGCAAGCUAGCCGUGCUCAACAACAGCCACUCCCAUUUUAUCCUGACUGACAAUGGAACCUGUGGGAAGUACGGCUCGGAGGUCAAAUUUCGUCGGCUGUUGGAGAAGCACAUCUCGCUGCAGAAGAUCAAUACCCGUAAGUGCCAAAGUGCUCUGCAGACGUCAUGAAACCCACUCCAUCCUCCACAGUGUUUGUGAGCAAGAGUCAUGAUCGACACGAGGAUGAAGAGCUCCUCUGUGACCUGUGGGCUUCCCUUUGUCAUCCUAUGCCUGGGGCUCGAGUAAGGCAGGGACAGCAAAGGGAUGCCCAGCUGUCACCACUGACUUCACUUCCUCCCCCCUUCUGGUUUGUCUGGUUGAGCAUCACAUCACCUUGUUAGAUGUUGGAGGGAAAGAGAUGGCCUAAGACAUAAUUUCUUGGCUUUGUGUUCCAGGUUUGGGUCAGGGGGUUCCUCUGGUGUGUCUGAUAGUGGAGGGAGGUCCAAAUGUCAUCUCCAUCGUUCUGGAGAGUCUGAGGGACGAGCCACCCGUCCCUGUGGUGGUGUGCGACGGCAGCGGCCGAGCUUCUGACAUCAUUUCCUUUGCGCACAAGUUCUCAGAGGAUGGAGGGUGAGAGUUUUUUCACUAUGCUGGACUUGACAACUUAGGAUAUGUGAUAAAAAUCUAAAAUGUUAUAUCUUCAUCUCAUCUUCCAGCCUGAUCAACGAUGAUGUAAGAGAGCAACUUUUGGUGACAAUACAGAAGACUUUCAAUUAUAGCAAAAGCCAAUCACAGCAGAUCCUGCUGAUGGUUAUGGAGUGCAUGAAGAAGAGGGAACUGGUGAGUAUCAGAAUGAAAUCUCUGUAUAUAAAAUAGUGUAGAUAUCUUAAAGUGUCCCCCCUGUGUUUGAAAAUGUUUGUGUCAAUCAAUAAAUACUCUGAAUUGUGAAGCAUCUGGUCUCCAUCAUCAUUCAUCCAUUCCACUCAUCUGUGUGUUUCCAUUAACAUGUUGAAUAAACAUAAUCCUCACAACGUGCUUGUCAUUACUUUUCCUUACUGCGGCCAUGUUUGGUAUGUCAUCUAAUCCUGGACAUUUGCAGCUUCACUGUGGGACAUCAUCCACCUUCAUCUAUAAUCACACAGCUGUAAAAGGGCUCCGGGUGUCUAAAUCUGCGGUGUUAAACUCUUUACUUUGGUGUAAACAAUACAGAUCAUGUCUGCGUAAUGAAGCCCACACACUCUGUUAAGAUUCCUCACUGAUAGCGGAUUAAUCCUUGAGCCGGGAGUGUCUUUAGUUCAGCAUUUGUUGCAUCUCCAUCAGAUUUCCACAAGCAUAAGUGAUGUGAUUAGUAGUUUGUAGUAUCCAGCACGUAUAAUCUCCAGACUCCAUACAUUUGGGUGGGAAAGAUCAGCACACUAUCACCUGCUUAGCCCGAGCUCUUACUCCAUCCAUUCACAGUAAGCAUGCAGCACACAGAUGGAGGAGAGGAUCCAUCUCCCUAAUCCUCAGUCCGGUUCCUGUCUCUCCACUCGCUUUUUUCAGUCCCCUGAGUGCUAUCACUUCCCCACUGACUCUGCAUCCUCCAUGUAUUAGACCGCCUAAUGCUCCAACACGGCUAGAUAAGCAACUUAAACUGCAUUUUCAAAGAUCACACCGCUGCAUGCUUUUUUCCAUCCCUCUUAGUUUUCACUGAUACCCCACCCAGAGAAAGUGACAGAACCACCAAGUUGUGCGAGCUCUUUCCAGGCCUCUAGUUUCGUAGCCUGCUCUUAAUCUAAAGUGUGAUGACUAACCUACAGGUGAAUUAGUGUCGCUGUCAAGUCCACAAUAAUCCUUUCAUCCUAAAUGCCUAGUGAACAGCUGGGUAGACAAAUAAAAACACUGGUGUAGUGGCGGACCAUGACAUAGCCGUCUUACUUUUGCAAAACGAAAAACACACAAUAUACAUUUCAGCUUUCUAAAAGAGCAACACGAGUUUAAAGUCUGUAUGGUCACUCAUUGUUGAUGCAUCCCAAGACCAGCGCAGAAAUAUCUGGAUCCCUGCCACGCAUUCAUGCCAACCUAAUCUCAUUUACCAUGGCUGCUCAUGUGAUGGACCAGUCAGCAUAAUUUCAUUUGAUAUAGUCCUGUCUGUAACAAGGAGAGCACUAUUAUGCCGUCUGAGAAGUUAAUUUGCAGUUGGUGCUUGGAGGGUCAGCCGCUCAGUCCUGCUAAAAGAAAUCUUCCAUUUGUUGACUAUCCAUGUUUACAGAAACGGGGAGAGAAAACAUUCAUUCAGGCACAGAUUGACCUUUACUGAAACAUCCUACCAUGAUAAUUUCACAUGAAUCCAUGUCUGCGAUUGUGCCAUGUCUUUCUCUUUUCCCCAAACGUAGAUCACGGUUUUUCGGAUGGGUUCUGAGGGACAACAAGACAUUGAAAUGGCCAUUCUUACUGCCUUGUUAAAAGGUAUUAUCAUCAUCUGGCUGCAUUUAAACUUAAAUAACUCGUCAGUUUGCGCACUAAUAUAUCUCAGCAGUAUUUCUUUUUUAAAUGCAACCAUUACCUCUCUCUCUCUGCCCACCCAUUUUCUUCACAUUAGGCACAAACGCUUCGGCAGCUGACCAGCUCAGCCUGGCUCUGGCCUGGAACAGAGUGGAUAUUGCUCGCAAUCACAUCUUUGUAUACGGACACAAUUUGCCAGUGAGUUGGCGUCUCAUCAAAAGAGAGUAAAUUCAUCAUUUCACCACCUAUAUUUCAAGCGUGGAGCUGGAAAGCAAGAGUUACUAGUCUUUAAGUGUUUCAAAGAUGUUUGCACCAGAUCUCCCAACAGCUUAGGCAUUUUAAUUUGUGUAUUUUUUCUGAGAUACAAAAUACUCCAAUGAUCGAAGCAUAAGCUUUGUUUGUUUUCCCAAUUCCCACUCUGUAAGCCUGCUGGUGCCAUUGCCAACACCUUAUCUGCUGCAGCCCCAGCCUCAGAUAAGCAAAAGAGUCCUGCCAGCGGUCCUCGCAGCAAAGCCCGGGCGAAGAAGGGGAAGGGGAAGGGAAAGGCAAAGCCUGAACCUCCAGAGGAAACAGACCCAAGAAAGUUGGAGUUGAUUCGUUGGGUAAGAGUGGGCUUACUGACAAACAAUGUCAUUUCAGUUCAACGAUGAAGAUUCUGAUGCCUGUGCAAUCAUUAAUAUGAGUCAUGCAUCACUUUCACUCAGGUGAACUCUUUGGAGCAGGCGAUGAUGGAUGCUCUGGUGCUGGACAGGGUGGACUUUGUAAGGCUGCUGAUUGAAAAUGGAGUCAAUAUUCACCACUUCCUCACUAUCCCUCGACUCGAAGAGUUAUACAACACAGUGAGGCUGAUUCCCUCUGCAAAAAUUAUCACACAAAUUUCUGGAACAAGGUAAACACCAAUUAUGAACCUCUUCAACCCCUCCUCUCCUCUCUUCUAUCUUCUUUUAGAAACUUGGUCCGGCCAACACACUGAAUGCAGUGGUUAGGGAUGUCAAAAAGGUACAAUUAUACAUAACUCUGACUAUUUUAAGAUCUCAAUUUUUCACAAGACACUUGCCUUACUGUAUGUGAUGCUGGUGAUUUUACAGGGAAACCUCCCGCCAGAUUAUCAGAUCACUUUGAUUGAUAUUGGUUUGGUGCUGGAGUGCUUUAUGGGAGGAGCUUACAGGAGUAAUUACACCAGAAAAGCUUUCCGCAACCUCUACAAUAAUUUGUACGGACUAAAAAGGGUACGCACUGUGUGGAAAAACAGACUGAUGAUGAUAUUUAAAACCAACCAUGAAUAAAAUUGAUUAUCAAUCAUCAUGUUUUACUCUCUUCUUGCAGCCAAAAGCUCUAAAGCUUCUAGGAAUGGAGGUGGGUUAAUCUUUCAACAGCAAAUAGUGGUUAAAAUACUUCACCUCAAACAUGAAAAUAAUCAGAUUUUCUUGAUUGUGUUAGGAUGAUGAACCCAGAACGAAAGGAAAGAAAAAGCCAAAGAAGAAGAAAGAAGAAGAGGUGGAAAUUGACGUGGAUGACCCUGAGGUCUGUCGUUUCAAGCACCCCUUCCACGAGCUGAUGCUGUGGGCUGUGCUGAUGAAGCGCCAGAAGAUGGCGCUGUUCCUGUGGCAGCGUGGAGAAGAAGCGAUGGCGAAGGCCCUGGUGGCCUGUAAACUGUAUAAAGCCAUGGCUCACGAGUGCUCUGAAAGUGAACUGGUAGAUGACAUCUCCCAAGAUCUGGAGAACAACUCCAAGUCAGUACAUACAGCAUCUCUUACAAAGUUCAUGUUUUACAGUGAAACGUGAAUCAUGAUUCAACAUUAUCUCGUAUUUUUGACAUGUAAUCUUUUUUUUUUUACUUACUCUACUUCUGCAGCAUUUGUUAAGGCAGCUCUCCCUUUCAAAACUGCUUUAUCUAUGUCUAUGUUCACAGAGAGUUUGGCCAGCUGGCCUAUGAGCUGCUGGAUCAGUCCUACAAACACGACGAACAGGUGGCCAUGAAACUUUUGACGUAUGAGCUGGUCAACUGGAGUAACUCCACCUGUCUGAAGCUUGCUGUGGCCGCUAAGCAACGUGACUUCAUUGCCCACACCUGCAGCCAGAUGUUACUCACUGAUAUGUGGAUGGGCUCCUUGAGGAUUGGGAAAAAUCCAGGCCUCAAGGUUGACGUCAAGAAUUUCUUUCAUUUAAGUCACUGUUGUUAAACUCCCUGUAUCUAUAAAACGGUGUAAAUCCUCUCAUUCAGGUUAUUCUGGGCAUCAUCUGUCCUCCUCUGAUUCUACUCCUGGAUUUCCGCCUUGGAGAUGAUGCAUCCUACCAAGCACCUGGAGACAAAGAUGAUGGGAAAGACAAAGACGAUGACACAAAAUCCAGCAAGGUUUAAUGAUUUCUUUCAUGUUACACAGACUGUUUAUCUUCAUGCAUGUUUCCUGAACCAAAAAUAACAAACUCAAACUGAGAUUUUGCUCUCUUAUUGCAGGAUGAUGGGACUUCUCGAAAAGGGGAUGAGGAGGAGGGCGACACCAAAAUCCACAAAGUUCCUAUUGGCAAAAGGGUGUUCGAGUUUUACGAUGCGCCGUUUACCAAAUUCUGGUUUAACACAGUAAGUUUUCCUUAUUCAAACAAGACGAAUCAAGAAUAUAUAUUUUUAACUUGAAGUUUGGUUGUUUGAGUGCACUGUCCCCUUCAAUAGAUUUGCUAUCUGGGCUACUUGAUGUUGUACAACUACAUCAUCUUGGUGAAGAUGGAGCGAUGGCCAUCUAUUCAAGAGUGGAUCGUCAUUGCUUACAUCCUUACACUCGGCACUGAAAAAGUCAGACAGGUAUAAGUUAUAAGUCAUCAUAAGUCUUAAUAAGAGUUCAAGGUGUUGGUGGGCUCUUAAUGACUCUAAACUCUGGCAUCUAGAUUCUGAUGUCUGAGCCAGGAAAGCUGAAACAGAAGAUAAGUGUGUGGCUGGAGGAGUACUGGAACAUCACAGACCUGGCUGCCAUUUGCACCUUCCUUAUGGGGCUGAUGCUACGCUUGCAGCAUGAACCUUACAUGGGCUAUGGCAGAGUCAUCUACUGUAUAGACAUCAUCUUUUGGUACAUUCGGGUACUGGACAUCUUUGGAGUCAACAAAUACUUAGGACCCUACGUGAUGAUGAUUGGAAAGAUGGUAAUAACAUUUAUCAAGGAUCAGAAACCAUGUGGCAGAUAUGACCUGCAUCCAAAGAGGAUAAAUCACUAUGUGUUUCUUGUCUUUCAGAUGAUAGACAUGAUGUACUUUGUGGUGAUCAUGCUGGUGGUGCUUAUGAGCUUUGGGGUCGCUCGACAAGCCAUUCUCCACCCUGAUGAGGAGCCGACGUGGCGCCUGGCGAGAAACAUUUUCUACAUGCCCUACUGGAUGAUCUACGGAGAGGUUUUUGCGGACUCGAUAGACCGUAAGACUAGAGUUCAUAGUAAGAUUCUGUUUCCUGAUUCUGGGCAGAUGAUCAGCGUUAAAUUAAUUGUAUGUCUCAAACUCUGUGAUGAUGACUAACGGUUCAUUUAAGAAUGAGCUCUAAAUACUCUGUCUCCCUCUGCUGGUUCAUUUGUAGAAAAUGAUACUAGAGUUAAUAUUUCAUCUCCUAAAUCAUGAUCAUCUGCCUUUAAGUUUGUGUUUCUGUUAGUGUUUCUUCUGUCAAGGUGAAUGCAACAAGCAGCUUCUGAUGAAGUUAGAUGGCAGGAAUAGCAAACUACAAAACAGCUGUUUUCCAGUGAACUGUGCAUGCAUCUAUUUGUUUAAACAUACUGUUAAAAAAGCUGCAUGUUUGAUUUCUCUUGUUCACAUUCUUGAUUUUGUCAAAAACAUCAUAAAAAAACAAAAAAAUAAAUGAGUAGGGAAAGAAAAAGAUUAAGACAUAAAAUACAGGAAGUGUUUCAAAUUGGAAUAAAUUUUACAGGAAGUUUUUCAUUUCAGCUGUUCAGUUUUGCAUGGACAUUUGCUUGACCUUGACAGAAGUGUGAUAUUAAAAAAAACUCUUUUUUAUUUCUGCCUGACUGCCCUCUUCUUGGAUUUCUGCAAGUCUAUGCAAUGGAGAUAAACCGUGAGUAGCCUUCAAAUCUAAAGUGCUAUUCAAACCUUUAAGAUGAGUAACCUGAUGAAAAAAUAGCGAUGUCCUCUUUCCCCCUCAGCUCCAUGUGGUGAACAUUUAUACGACGAGGACGGGAAGAAACUGCCCCCAUGCAUCCCCGGUGCAUGGCUCACACCUGCUAUCAUGGCCUGUUACCUCCUCGUGGCAAACAUCCUUCUGGUCAACUUGCUCAUUGCCGUGUUCAAGUAAGGUUACCUUACAACGUCAGACAUUGUGACUUUAGGGAGAAAACAUAGAGUCUGUACUCACUGGUCUUGGUUUUUCCACACAACAGCAACACCUUCUUCGAAGUCAAGUCCAUCUCCAACCAAGUGUGGAAGUUCCAGAGAUACCAGCUGAUCAUGACGUUCCACGACCGUCCCAUCCUGCCACCGCCGCUCAUUAUUUUCAGCCACCUCUACAUUCUCCUCAACAGGCUGUUUCGGCGAUGUGCCAAGAAGAAACAAGAGGGAGAGCUGGAUGAGAAGGAUCGAGGACUCAGUGAGUCAUCUUUACUAAUAAAUACUGACCCACUUUAAUUAGGUUUAAAGUCAUGAUUUAAAGUGGUGAAAUAUAUCUUUGUUUACUAUUUGUUUUCAUCAGAGCUACGGCUGAAUCCAGAGGAGCUGAAAAGUCUGUACGAGUUUGAAGAGCAAUGUGUGGAGGAAUAUUUCAGAGAGAAAGAAGAUGACAGGCAGUCAUCUAGUGAUGAACGCAUCAAAGUUACAUCUGAGAGGUGAUUUUCUUAAAUGAUCACUUCAAGAUCUCUGAGCAUACUGACUUGAUAUUAAACUUACAUGGACUUUUGUUUCCCUGGUAUCUUUGGCAGAGUUGAGAAUAUGUCCAUGCGUCUGGAGGAGGUCAAUGAAAGGGAAAACACAAUGAAGGCUUCCCUGCAGACGGUGGACCUGCGCUUGGCCCAACUAGAGGAGAUUCACGGACGGAUGGCAGUCGCCCUGGAGAAGCUUGCAGGGGUGGACAGAUUGGAGUUGACCAGGACGUAUUCAAGAAACUCCUCUGUGUGCGACCCCUCCACCCUCCUUCGCCAGGGCAGUAUCAACAGUGCAGAUGGUUACAGCCUCUAUCGCUUCCACAUGGACAUGGAGGAGUUUUCGACAAAGCAGAAGGAAACAGAUGACGCCACUAAAACUGGUCUGGAAAGAGAGAGAAGUCUGCGGCAGGCCUCCAGUGUGUGUGCUCUGAACUCAAAGGAAGCGGGUCAGUCCUUGGAGGUCGGUGCUCUGGACAAAUCACGACCAAGCUCAUGCGUGGACAUCCUCAUUUCACCGUGUGAACAAAAGCCUGUUUCUGCAUCAAGUCAAGAGACCCUGAAACUAGGCAGCUCUAUGUUUUUAGACCGACUGACAGACAAGAAUAAACUCUGGCCGUCCUCUCCUCCAAAAAGGACUAAAUCUUUAAAAUAUUAUCCAGUAGAAGACCAACCGCCCUCUCCUUUGACUAAGAGGAGGGCUAUGAGUACGAUCAUCAUCAGCCCACCUGAUGAACCCGAGGAAGCAACUGAACCCACCGAGCAGACCCAACCACAGCAGAAAACACCCUCCUCACCCAAAAGGACUAAAUCCUUGAGGUAUGUCCCGACUGAAAGCCAAACUUCCCCUAUUACCAAGAAAAGAGCUAUGAGUGGCAUCAUCUACAACCCAGUCGAGGCAUGUGAUGAUGUGUUGCAGACUGCAGACUUCCGGUCAUUGGUAGAUCAGACCACGAAAGCACCAAACCAGUGGCCAACAAACUUGGAGUACCUCAUCCACCCAAGUACUUUGGGUCACAUGCCAAAGGUGUCGACAGUCAGGACUCUUGCUCAGCAGUUUCAAACCAGUUCCUUAGCUGCAAAGCCAGAAAAGGAGUUGAUUCAGACUGACCUCAGUCCUUUAGAAAGUAAGGGACCCAUUCCUGAAACAGAGCCCGUAGAGGAGCCAACGAUGUUAAAGGCCCAGAAGAAGCUCUCAGACCCCACUGGGUUUCUGAUUGUAACUGAUGAGAAGUACAAGCCGUCUCACAGGUCACAGAGCAUGAAUGAGAGUGAGAGGAAAGCAAAGUACUUGAUGUUUAGCAAAGAGCUGAGAGCCUCUCGCAGCGAGAGAGACCUUGUUGAUGUGUGUAGAGGGGCGCAGGAGGCUGCGAGGAAGAAGACGGAGGCAGAGGACAGAGAUGAUGACGCACAGGAAAAGAAAAAAGAUGAAACUGAUAAGAGCUGA